UUCAAGCAUCCAUUGCCAGUGUCCAAUAGGUUUUCUUAUUUGAUUUCUAACAAAUCGUUAAUACUUUAUUAAAAUUGUGUUAGAAAAGCGCUUAGUUAAACGUUAACCGCCCAACAAAGUUGAACAAUUACAUGCGAUAGAACAGCUGGAGCCAUAAAGGCCAAACAAACCCUUUCGUUUAGGUGGUGGUUGAUAUAUUGGUAACAAUACAACAAGACCAAUAAGAAAAGAAAGUGUAUAGUCGGUCUGCUAUUCAAAGCGGACGGCAUAAAAUUAGCAGCCACCGAUGAUGUUUAUGUCUAGCAACAAAAGAAUGCCAAGUAUAAACAAAAACCAGACCUCAGCUGCCCAAAGAUUUUUCCAUUGAAUUUGCGUGAAAAUUAACUAUUACACGGUUCCUAGGUUGCUGUAUGUAUGUGUGUUAACAAAAGAGCCGAUUAAACGUGAAUUUAUGCUUGAGUCGAAAUAAUGACAUUCAUAAUUGCUCUCCAAGCCAACGUUAUUCUCUUUGCGUGAUUCGAGUGCUGCUGUGGGGUGCCUUUUUUUGGGUUUACUUUCGCCAAUGUGUUGUUAUUGUUUUUCUUACGUUUCUCUUUGUUAAUGCAUCGCCAACACUUGUGAGCGGGGGAGCAAUACCACUGGCUUCGCUAGCUCUACAAAAACAAUUACACGAAGUUAAUUUAUUUUAUUUCGCGUUCGGAGUAACUAUUUUUAAUUUAUGUGUGUGAAUGACAACGUGACAGUCUCCCGCCUUCUUUGUUUGCAAGCGGAACGUGUGUAUUGUUAGCGGUAGUUUCGCUCGUUAUUCGAAUCCGCACCCCCUCCAAAGAAAGAAAUUAAAAUGAAAUAAAAACGACUCCACGCGACCGCGCAAGAAGAGAGAAAUCAUAGUGAAUUUGUGCAUGAGAAAUUUAAAAUAAAAUAACAAAACGAAAAAACAAAAUUAAUUCAAGUGCAAAUAUAUCCAUCUCCGUGUUAAUUUGCAUGCCUUGUUUUCUUUGGUUCCUUGUCGGUUUGAAUUGUGUUGCACCUUCUACCCAUCUUACCGGUAUUUUUCGGCAGUUGUUUUGUUGGUUCUGCUGAGCUUGCUCUGUUUGUUUGUAUCUGCGCAUUGGUGUUGUUGUUUUUGCACCUCUGCUGCAGACGCCGCUGUCAUUGCCUUGUCGACGAACGGCCACCUUCAAUUUAUUGACGUUUCGUUUUACGUCUGAGUUUGCAAAACAAAAAAGAAUAAAUAAAACAGCCCCGCAAUAAAUAUAGCAUAAUAAAUAACACGAAAAUAAUAAAGAUAACCUUUGGAUAAAUUCGAAAUCUCUUUCCGCCCCCUUGUUAACCGUUUGGAUUUGUGUUUAAGUCACAUCACCAUGUAUCGCAUUGGACCCAUAGGUCGUAAAUCCAAUUUCCAUAAUCGCGAGAAAUGUCUUAUCGGCUUGGUCUUGGCCACUUUGUGUUUCCUUUGUUUUGGUGGCAUAUUUCUGUUGCCCGAUAACUUUGGCGGCGACAAGGUGCUACGCGUCUACAAGCAAUUUCAAAAAGCCGGCCCCGAGAUUUUUAUACCUGCCCCACCCCUGGCCGGGCAUGCAGCCAAAGACCAAGAUCCUCACUUUAUGAAUGAUAAACAAAAGUUGCAGGCAAAAAUCAAAGAAGAAUUGGGAGAGAUCCUGGAUAAGCCCCAGCUGCAACAGGACACCGUGGAUAGCGAGGAUGUGGCUGAUGUGGGUGGGGAUAAUGGCUCGCCCCAACAAUUCGAUGAUACAGCAGCAGGUGGUGAACAAGGUGCGGCUCCUCCAGUCAACGCCAAACAAAAUCAUCACCACUACAAUGACAAUGUCAAUAAUAACAAUAACCACAAAAACAAUGUUAAUGGUUCUCCCGAUGACGUUGCUGCUUUAGACACCAAUAAUCUGCCUCUGGGCAAUGUUCAUUUACAAAUGCCCCUGGGAGGCCAUGCCGACGGUGAUGCCAGUGUAGAGGAUAAACGUCUAAAAGUUAAAGAGGUAAGAUAACUAUUUUCGCGGAUAUACUUAUCACGGAGAGGAAAAAUCUACAAAGUGUUUGGCCUUGUAUUUUAAAUCUGAUGUGGCGGAUAUCUAGUAAGUAAAGAACAUUUUAUUUUUUAUAUCAAACAUUUAAAAGCGGUAUGGAAGACCACACUUGGGAAUACUUCUCUAGCAAUACGAGAGAAGCAUCGACAACAAAUGGAGCAAAUCAAUAACAAAACAAGAAAAAAGCUUCUCGCAGUUGAACUCUUGAUGCGAAGUUUCAAAAGAACGUCAUGUUGAAGGACGGACCAACAAAGAGGAAGCAACACUUCAGCUGUAUUGGCCUUGAGCUUUGGGCAGACAAGCAACAACACAACAAAAUAGAGAACAUUUUACCCUCCCCCCAUAGAAAAGCCCUCAACCAUUUCUCACCGAUAAAAUAAAACUUUAAACCACACUCGUUGGCUGCAAACAUCGCCAACAACAUCAUGAU